UUCGUAAAUUGUAAAUUUAUCAUAUACUGUAUCUUAAUCAUAUUUGGUAAAUUUAAAUUUAAAUUUAACAACUAACAACUAACUAAUAACGAAUGGCAUGAUAUUAAAGAGGAAAGAUAAAUCCGAUAAUUAUAUCGUGCCACCCAAUGUGUCACCGGUUAUAUCGCAUUCUCCUAAAUUACUAAAUACAACACUAAAAGAUAUUGACAUUGAUAUUAAAUCAAUUUUUCAAUUAGUACUGGCAAGACUAGUAGUCAUUUUAUUAAUAGUAUGGUUAAUCCUUAUACAAUAUAUGGAAAGAUCAUAUCCUAAGCAUGUAUUACAAAAAUGUCAAUGGCAAAAUUGGGAAUCUUGGACAAGUGAUUCACAACCUCAAAGAAUUGCCCUAGUAGCUGAUCCUCAAAUAAUUGACGAUUAUUCUUAUAGUGGUAGACCCAGUAUUCUAAAUUAUUUUGUUAAAAGAAUUACUGAUAAUUAUCUUCAUAGAAAUUAUCGAUAUAUGCAAGAUUUACUUGAUCCUCAUACAACCAUUUUCCUUGGAGAUUUAUUUGAUGGUGGUAGAUAUUGGGAUGAUAAAACUUGGUUUGAAGAAUAUAAAAGGUUUAAUAGAAUAUUUCCUCCAAAAGUUAAUCGAUUAACUAUUACAUCUAUACCAGGAAAUCAUGAUAUUGGAUUUCAAAUUAUGGAUAAAAAAGUUAUAAAUCGAUUUGCUUCAGUAUUUGGAGAAUUAAAUAAUGUUAUGGAAUUAGGUAAUCAUACAUUUGUAUUAUUAGAUUCUAUUUCAUUAUCUUCUGAAGAUAAACAAAUAAAUAAAGAACCAAGUGAAUUUCUUGCUACAGUCAAAGAACAUGUUAAUCCAAAAUUACCUACAAUAUUACUUACUCAUGUUCCACUCUACAGAUUUAAUGAUAAACAACUUUGUGGAUCUAAACGAGAAUCAAAUAAGUUAUUCCCUAUUCAAAAGGGUGAUCAAUAUCAAACGGUUAUUAAUUAUGAAUUAUCUCAAAAGAUUUUAAGUACCAUUGGUCCAUCAUUAGUAUUUGCUGGUGAUGAUCAUGAUUAUUGUGAUAUUCAACAACCAUAUUGGUAUCAAAAUAAAGAUGCAACUGCUCGAGAAAUAACCGUUAAAUCUGCAUCAAUGAGUAGUGGAAUUAGAUAUCCUGCUAUUCAAUUAUUAUCUCUUAAUAAUCCUUAUAAUUUAAUUGAUCAUUUAGGAGAAAAAACUGUUAAUACAUAUGAAACAGAAAUGUGUUAUAUGCCUCAUCCUUAUUAUUCAUUAAGGAUGUAUAUACUUGUAUAUAUUAUGUUUAUUGGACUUUUGGUGUUUAAGUAUCUUAAGCCAGAUAUCACUAAAAUUAAAUCAUUAUUGAGUAGGAAUGGGAAUUCUCCAGAAUUACCUACUUAUGAUAAUGCAAAGACUAAAUUAAAACCUCGAUCACAAUUUGUUCCUAAUAAAAAGGGAUUUAUAGUUAAUUUGAUAGUGGCCACAGUAAUUCCAUUAUCGAUACUUAAUAGUUAUUAUUCAACUAUAUAGACGUGUGUAUAUAAUGUAUAUA